AACAGAAACGAAAUCGAGAAUAUAAAUUCCCAUUAUAUCAUUCUGAAACUUAAACUAUCAAAACACAAAAUCAAUCCUUGCACGAAGCUAGGAUCGUACACACGAACUUGAUCUUUGCAGACGAACUGCAAAAAUCAAUUUCGCUGUUCUUUCCUAUAUUCUGCACAAUGAUUGAAGUUGUGCAAUGACUGGAUGUUAUCCUUCAAUGUGUAUUUUUUUAUUGUGUUUUUGUGUUUUGUUGUAGAAGGGGUGUUCUAUUUGAAUAGAAUAGGAGAAACUGAAAAAAAUUCAAAGGAAACAAAUCAAAGGAAGGAAAUAGACAAGCGUCAUCUCUGAUGUCUUCACUUAGCAUAGUAUUACAAAGAAUGGUGUUUACAUAAGAAAAUGUUACGAUGAAAUUUUGUUCAAUAAUGAGUAACUAAGCAACCGAUUUCGUGUGAUAAAGCAAUAACGAUAGGUCGACGGAAUUUAUUUUGACAUGUUCCCUUAGUCGAAGUAGUGAUUAUUUUUUUAUUAUCUUCUAAGUUUCUGUUAACUUGAUCGGUUUAUUGUAUUGCAACUUAACAUUGGACAGAUUUCGUUUUUCCGUGGCUGUAUCAUAAUUUAUUUGCAGUUUGAUUCAUUGUUUUGUUUCUAUUCAGAUCCAAAUUGUGAUAUUGUCAGUACAUUAACAGUUUGUAAAUAUUGCAAUUGUGCAAAAUGUACUUUCGCGAACAUCUUGAAUAAUGCUGAUGAUCGCCAGAUUGAUGCAUGCCGACAUUGUGCCGUUUUAAUUAUUGGUGCCCUUCAUGGUUAUAGUAAAGAACAGUUAUUAGAUACAAAAUUUUGCGAUGAACAUUUAUUGAAAUGGUUCAAUAAUCAAAAAUCACACAAGGAUGCUGAAAAAAUUGCAAAUGGAGAUCAAUGUCAUCAUCAUCAUCAUUUACAAUCAUUACAAUUAGCAUUAGAAACAUUUAAGAAUGAUGAAAACGAUAUUGAACAAGGCUAUAUUCCCUUGACUGAAAGUCUAGGGUCAUAUGAAAUAAAUGUCGGCGUCGGCGUCCGCAUGUGA